AUGCCGUUGAAUGAAAAUAAUGAUUUGACCGUUGAUCUUACGGUCAAAUCGUGCACGGGUAAGAACUUUGAUAUGUUUAGGCUAAUUCUUAAAAGCAUGGGUUGGAGGAUUUCUUUAGGAAAAGUUGUUUUGGGUGUAUUUGGAUCGGCUUACCAAGAAUUUGGCACUGCACGGUUUCAAAUGAAAAUGUUACCGGCCUUAGAUGUCAUCCUUGUGAGCUUCCCUACCGUUGUAUUGAAUAAGCCAGCCCGGACUAGUAAGACAGCCAAAGAAGCCAAGAAAGUAGGAAAGGGUGGAAAAGAUAACAGUGAAACUGGUUUGGUGGAGUUAGUUGGGAAAAGCUACAAAGGAGAUAAGCUGCUUGUAGAUUUGCAGUCCAAAACCAUGUCAAAAAAGCAUAAGCAGUCCUUGUGUUUAGUUUGGUUUGUGCACUGUGUUCUUAUGGCAAAAGAUACAAGUCUGAACAUACCACUUGGUUUGCUUAAACUUGCGGAGGACUAUGAGGCAUUCAACAACCAUGGAUGGGGCCGGGAAAGCUUCAAGUUGACUGUUGACUACUUAUCGAAAGAGCUUAAGCCAACAGUGAAGACAGUCAAUCUAUAUGGCUUCCCUUGGGCUUUCAUGGCUUGGGCAUUUGAAGCCAUUCCUCACCUCCGACAACAAGUGAAGGACUACCCUUCAGAAGUGUCUUUUCCAAGAAUGCUUAGAUGGCUGACUGCAAAGAGCAACACUAGAUUGAGUGUUGAUCUUUUUAACCCUCCUUUGGAAGAGGUUGUGCACCCAUGGCUUGUCCCGACAGUACGGGAGUUGGAGAUGCCAUUCCUUGCUUCCUUUGAGCCCUUACAAUCUGUUCCUGAUAAAAUGAUUGAGGGGAUAAAAUUAGAAUUGGCUGGAGUGACAGCCAUCAAAAGGGAAUCAGUUGUGGUAGAUGUUGGUGGUGGUGGUGUUGUUGCUGGUGGUCAGCCUGCUGUUGAUGACGUUGCGGCAGAAAUUGCCGGUGAAAAAAUAAUAGAUGAUGAUGUUGAUUUUGGUAGACAAACUCCAAUUGGUGGUGUUGUUGGUGGACAAACUCCAAUUGGUGGUGAUGUCGGUGGACAAACUCCAAUUGAUGGAGAUGUUAGUUGUGGCGGAUUUGGUGGUAGAUUUUCCUUUGUUGGUGCCGACACAUCGAAAUGUGCUUGUGAAUGCACCUAUUGCAAGCGGCGAAUGGAUGAUUUGAUAAAAAAUGUUGAGGAGUUGGUGAAUGCACAAAAAGACACAAAUUCUGCUUUUACAGAGUUUGUUAUCCAAGAGGGUGUCAAUCCAUCCAAGAAGCGACCUCACCCUAUACUCCUAUUCGCAUUCGCAACGAAGGAAAAGCAAUUUCCAAGGCGGUUGCCGAUGUUAGGUCAAGGAAAUCUUCUACACCCCACAAAGUACCGCCGUUGUUGA